GAACAGCCAAUCAGAAAAGAGGUGGGCGGGGGCUUUUUGGCCGCUGACAGGGGCUCGUUACUACCAGAUCACACCGAGCACAGCGCGGUGUGAGGAGGCUUCGUGUCACCGGGAAAAAUGAACCAUAUCUUCUUUAUUCUCUCUGUCAAAAGAACUCUGUAGAAAAGCCUCGAAAUGGAGACGGCAUACUUCAAGAACAAUUUCUGGGGGGAAAAGAAUGCAGGCUUUGACGUUCUCUACCACAACAUGAAGCACGGCCAGAUCGCCACCAAAGAGCUGGCUGAGUUUGUGAGAGAGAGGGCUGCCAUUGAGGAGACGUACUCCAAAUCCAUGAGCAAACUGGCAAAGAUGGCCGGCAACGGAAGCCCGCUCGGCACUUUCGCACCCAUGUGGGACCUUUUCCGGAUGUCAUCGGAUAAAGUCGCCCUCUGUCACUUGGAGCUGAUGAGGAAGAUGAAUGACCUCAUCCGUGACCUCAACAAGUACAGCGAGGAGCAGGUCAAAGUUCACCGUAAGACGAAGGAGGAGGUGAUGGGGACUCUGGAGGCAAUUCAGGCCCUACACGUACAGAACGGACACUUACAGAAGGCCAGAGAGGGCUAUCACGCUAAAUGUACAGACCUGGAACGGCUACGCAAAGAAGGAGCUCCUCAGAAGGAGCUGGAGAAGGCUGAGCUAAAGUCUAAGAAGGUGUUUGAGUCGUUUGCUGCGUCUGUAGAUAAGUUUAACCGUGCUGGAGGAGACUUUGAGCAGAAGAUGAGCGAGUCUGCACAGAAGUUCCAGGACAUCGAGGAGGAACACCUACGGAAGAUGAAGCAGCUGAUAAAGUCGUACUCGCACUCCAUUGAGGACACACACGUCCAAGUGGGACAGGUCCAUGAGGAGUUCAAGCAGAACGUGGAGAACAUCGGCAUCAGGAGUCUGAUUCAGAAGUUUACUGAGCAGAAGGGCACGGGAAAGGAGCGGCCAGGUCCGGUGAGCUUUGAGGAGUUCCUGUCCACUCAAACGUCUGACAAUAACAAGAAAAGCCGAGCAAAAGCGUUCAGGAUCCCUGGUCUGGGCAAGAAGGAUAAAGAGCCAGACUUCACGGAUUCUGCGCUGACAGAUACUCCAAAUUCACCCCUGGAGGUCGACGACGAGGGCUUCAUGAUCCGAGCGGAUGUCAAUCAGAACGGCUCUACAGAAGACAAAGAGAACAACUUUUACUCCAGCGACUCGGACUACGACGACGAAGAGCCAAAGAAGUUCCACAUUCAGAUCCGUCCCGUGUGCAGCCGCAGCAACUCGGCCGCCAACGAGCUGGAGCUGAAGGCCACCGUGGGGACCCUCACCCUGCCCCUGAACCCUGCGGCGACGACGAAGAGGCACAUUUCUCGAAACAUCAGUACAGCAGGUCGGUCAGAAGGAGAGAGCGACAGUGCCCCCCAGAGGGACAGUGAGACAGCGGGUCUAUGCAGGUUCACCUCCAGUCCAAACCACAGCAGGCUGAGCUCCACAGCUUCUGGUUCAGAUUCACUCUUCGGCCCUCCUCUGGAAUCAGCCUACAAAUCACACAGUUUCUCGGGCCGAGAGCAGCUGCAGACCUCCGAAUAUGCUGCUUUCUCGUCUGCUUCCUCGUCUCCUGAGAACGUGGAGGACUCCGGUUUGGACUCGCCUUCCCAUCAGCCCCUGGGAGCUUCCCCCGAGCCCACCGGCUGGGCGGCUUGGCCUUCGUCUUCUCAGCCUAAAGAGCCUACGACCUCACGACGACUCGCAGACCCGUUCCUCGAUCGCGCUUCUCUCCCUCAAGAGUGGCCUUCGUCACGGCGUUCUCCUUUGGCUCCGCCCCGUACAGACAGCUCCGCCUCCUCUAUCAUGUUUCCUGCCUUCUCCAACAGUGUGGAGUCCAGUGUCUGGAGCUGUAAACACAUCCCACAGGAGGACCCCUUCCUGGCUGCGUUCGAGCAUCAGCCCGCUCGUCAGGACCCUUGGGUGGCUCCGCCUCCUCCUCGAACUACCCAGGAGGACCCGUUUGCCCCGUCUGCAAGCAGUACUAAAACCCUGCCUCCUCCCAGAGAGAGGAAACGAAGCAUCCCGCCUCCCGAUUCGCCCGACGAUCCCUUCGCCAUCACGAUGAUCGGCAGCCCGACGCACCAAUCCGUGCUGACCGCUCAGGGAGGAGAGGGUGACUUAACCCGGCCUGUCGGUUCUAACUCCGCCCCUAAGCUUCAGCCGAAGAAGGAGGCCACUCGCCGGGGAUCGGUACAUAACCCCUUCAGUGAUGUGACCCAGGAAGGAGGCAGGAAGACGAGCAGAAACGGAGGAGAGAAGGAGCGCAGGAGCGGAGGGGAGGAGCAGAGGAGGAGUAGACCACCACUCACACGUCUCUCUGGCCCACAGGAGGACCUCUGCUUCUCUACUGACAAAGACCAGGACUGUCUGGACAUCAGCGAACACACAGGUACUCAGCGUAGGUUCAGUAGUGAUCUCCUGGUCUUGGCCCCUCCUCGCCCAGCUCGCUCCAUGCGCUCCUCGUCCAGGCCGAGUGGAAGUGAACGGUCCAGGUCGUUGUGUUCGUCUCCUCUGCCUGAACCCAGUCCUCCUCCAACAUCCUCCUCAUCCUCAUCCAGCCCCAGUGACUGGGGGGGACAAACACGUGCACCCAGUCCUGUACGAGGUUUGUCCCGAGGGCCGAGUCCUAUUUCUCUAAGCACUCAGGAGUCGUGGCCGGUUGCUGCAGCAUUUACAGAAUACAUCAAUGCUUACUUUAAAGGAGGAGAAAACAACCGGUGUCUGGUAAAGAUCACAGGUGACCUCACCAUGUCUUUCCCAGCCGGAAUCAUCCGGAUAUUUGCCGCCAACCCCACGCCACCAGUGUUAAGCCUCCGAUUGGUCGGCAUCGCUCGUGUGGAUCAGUUCUUACCCAAUCAGAAGCUUCUGUACAGCGACCCGUCUCAGAACGACCCCAACUCCAAAGACUUCUGGUUUAACAUGCAGGCUCUGACUGUUCACCUUCAGAGAGAGGCGGAGCUUAACCCACAAGCCUCGUACUACAAUGUAGGGGUCCUGAAGUACCAGGUGUCGUCUCAGGACCCGGCUCGCGCCCCUCUGCUGCUGUCGGCCGAGUGCCAGCGCAGCGGUACGGUCACGCGCGUCGCCCUUGACUACCACUGUUGCCCGGCAACCGCACCAGCCACACAGCUCACGGCUGUGCAGGUGCUGCUGCCGCUUGAUCCCACAGCCACCGACCUGCAGUGCCAACCACCUGCUACCUGGAACACUGAGGACAAGCGGCUGCUGUGGAAACUUCCUCAUCUCUCACCCACCAAUCACAGUAAAGGCUCGGGCACACUGUGUGCCAGCUGGCAGUGCCUGGAGGAGCCCCGUGGUCCUGCCCCAAGCCUGGCUGUACAGUUUGUGGGUACAGGAGCGUCUCUGUCGGGCCUGGACAUGGAGCUGGUGGGCGGCCGAUACCGCAUGUCCCUGCUCAAGAAGAGAUUCGCCACCGGGAAAUACAUGGCCGGAUGUUUGUUGUAGAAGAACAUCACAAUCUUUUUUUUUUUUUUUCCUACCUGCUGGACAAAAGUUUGCACUUUUAUCACUAAAGGCCACGUCUGAGUGUUUUCUGAGGACCAAACACAUGGAAGCUGGACAUUAUACAGAACACACUGCUGUGUAGGGAACAAACACACACACACACACAUGCACGGCGACCACGAUGGGCUCGGACUCGGCCUUCGGCACUUCUUCAGAUCCACGAUUGCCCCCAACACCCCCUCCCUCUCCCCCUCCCAACACAUUUCUGUAGAUUACGGCUGAGUGAAGAUGUGGAUGUCAAACCAUCUUAUGUGACUCUACAAUAAUAAUAAUAAUAAUAAUAAGGACUUUAAUAUUUAAUCAUUGUAAAGACUGAAUUGUGUUUGUGUUGUUUAUUAAAAAAAGAAAGAAAGAAAGGCGUGAGCCGUAGUCGUUAAGUGGUUUACACAAAUUUAUUACACUUCUUUGUUUUAUUUUUUAAACCAGUACAAAAUACAACUGAAGUAAGAUUUUUAUUACAGACGGCAUCUGUUCUCAGCCUAAGGUAAGAAUAUUCGAGAAAGGCAUUUUUUUUGUUUUUUUUUCCACAAAAUAGAGUUGUGAGAAGAAUCAAAUCUACUCCCAUAAAAAUAAAAAAUAAUCCAUCUAAAACAGCAAUAAAAAAAAAAACUAUUCUCAAGUUACACAAAUUUCUUUAAACGCACCAACAUCCUGAAACGCUCAUAACCAGUAAAUAGAGGGAGAGAGAGAGAGAGAAAAGGCCACGGAGACGACAGAUCGCGUCCCAGGAAAAGAAAGAGGGGUGUACGGAUAUUUUGGGGGGGGGGGGGGGGGA